UGUCAACUGACCUGUAUCCUUACAGCGCUAAAAUACAUCUUUUUAGUCAGGAGCAAAGAGUUGGCCUCAGAUUGUGAGCUCAGAGAAGAGAACAGAAGAGCAACACUUAAGAGGGCACAGCAAAGUGCAGUGAGGAAGUCAGAACCAGAAGAUGAGUACAGCUCCACAGAGUCAGCAAGAAAAUUAGUAUGAGGACGUCUGUCAGCUUGUCUCCCCUUUCCGCUUGCAGCAAGAAAUGACCAGUCUUACAUUUUGCUAGUAAAGGCAGGGGGAAAGCAUUGCAGUCUACAAGGUAUGCUAUUGCUGAGUAACUGAGUUUUGUGUUUGACUUUCAAAAAAAAUUAAGAUAAAGAGAGAAACUGCUCUGAUUCUCCUCUGUCUCUGUUGACGGUAUUGAUGGCCGGUGUACCAUUCUGUGGGUGGACGGCCAAGAGAAAUUGAGGCCCCCACGCCCAUGUGGGAGGGCCGGACUGAGGGAGGAGGCAGGUGGCAUGGAGGAGGACAUGGAGAGCAACGUCAGCAACAUCAGAACUUUUCUGGAAAAAAAAGAAACACACGACUGAAAUUAUGUGACAGAAUUGAUCAAAAAUGGAGAUAGAAAGACACCCACAAGGGGGGAGAUUACAUAAUUCAUGCAGAUCCACAAAAGUGGCAUCCUGACAUUUUACUAAAAGUCAAAUUCAUAAACAUUGUGUAGAUUUGAAUGUGCACAUUCAAUUAAAUUGUACUAUGUUUGAUGAUGCAUGUGUAAAUAAGAAUGGACGAUAACCGUUUUAUAUAAUAUUAUUUUUGUUGGACAAAUAGGAAGUUGAGUAUAUGGAUACAAGUCAUUGUAUUUUUAAAAAUGUGAUAAUAUAUAUAUAUAUAUCACAUAUCUUUACAUUUGAAUCAUUUAGCAGACCCUCUUAUCAAGAGCGACUUACAGAAGUAAUUCGGGUUAAGUGCCUUGCUCAAUGACACAUCAACUGAUUUUUCACUUAGUCGGCUCAGGGAUUUGAGCCAACAACCUUUCGGUGACUGGCCCAAUACUCUUAACCGCUAGGCUACCUACCACCCCGGGAGUGUCUAUUCAUCGUGUCUAUUCAAAGUCAUAUUUUGGUUUCAUCUGACCAUAUGACAUUCUCCCAAUCUUCUUCUGGAUCAUCCAAAUGAUCUCUAGCAAACUUCAGACGGGCCUGGACAUGUACUGGCUUAAGCAGGGGGACACGUCUGGCACUGCAGGAUUUGAGUCCCUGGCGGCUUAGUGUGUUACUGAUGGUAGGCUUUGUUACUUUGGUCCCAGCUCUCUGCAGGUCAUUCACUAGGUCCCCCCGUGUGGUUCUUGUGAUCAUUUUGACCCCAUGGGGUGAGAUCUUGUGUGGAGCCCCAGAUCGAGGGAGAUUAUCAGUGGUCUUGUAUGUCUUCCAUUUCCUAAUAAUUGCUCCCACAGUUGAUUUCUUCAAACCAAGCUGCUUACCUAUUGCAGAUUCAGUCUUCCCAGCCUGGUGCAGGUCUACAAUUUUGUUUCUGGUGUCCUUUGACAGCUCUUUGGUCUUGGCCAUAGUGGAGUUUGGAGUGUGACUGUUUGAGGUUGUGGACAGGUGUCUUUUAUACUGAUAACAAGUUCAAACAGGUGCCAUUAACACCGGUAACGAGUGUAGGACAGAGGAGCCGCUUUGAUGCACCUGUAUUGACCUUGCCUUCUGAUUGAUAGCGGGGUGAACAGGCAGUGGGAUGGAUGGUUGUUGUCCUUUAUUAUCUUUUUGGCCUUCCUUUGACAUUUGGUGCUGUAGGUGUCCUGGAGGGCAGGUAGUUUGCCCCCGGUGACGUGUUGGGCAUACCGCACUACCUUCUGGAGAGCCCUGCGGUUGCGGGCGGUGCAGUUGACACACCAGGCGGUGAUACUGCCCGACAGGAUGCUCUCAAUUGUGCAACUAUAAAAAUUUGUGAGGGUUUUAGAUGCCAAGACAAAUUUCUUCAGUCUCCUGAGGUUGAAGAGGCGCUGUUGUGCCUUCUUCACCACACUGUCUGUGUGGGUGGACCAUUUCAGUUUGUCAGUGAUCUAUAACCCAAGGAACUUUAAGCUUUCCACCUUCUCCGCUACGGUCCCGUCAAUGUGGAUAGGGGGUGCUCCCUCUGCUAUUUCCUGAAGUCCACGAUCAUCUCCUUUCUUUUGUUGAGUGAGAGGAUAUUUUCCAGGCACCACACUCCCAGAGCCCUCACCUCCUCCAUGUAGACUGUCUCGUCAUUGUUGGUAAUCAAUACUGUUGUGUCGUCUGCAAACUUCAUGAUUGAGUUGGAAGCGUUCUUGGCCACACAGUCAUGGGUGAACUGAGAGUACAGGAGGGGGCUAAGCACGCACCCUUGUGGGGCCCCAGUAGCGGCAGGUAGCCUCCCUGAGCUGACAAGGUAAAAAUCUGUCAUUCUGCCCCUGAGCAAGGUAGUUAACCCACUGCUCCAAGGGGCCAAAGACAUGGAUGUUGAUUAAGGUAGCUUGGAGGUGUCAAUGAACAGCAUUCUUACAUGUGUAUCAGAUGGGAUAGGGCAGUGUGAUGGCAUCAUCUGUGGAUCUAUUGGGGAAGUAAGCAAAGUGAAGUGGGUGACCGGUAAGGUAGAGGUGAUAUGAUCUUUGACUAGUCUCUCAAAGCAUUUCAUGAUUUUUUAUUUUACCUUUAUUUAUUUUACCUCAAAUUCUUAUUUUCAAUGACGGCCUAGGAACAGUGGGUUAACUGCCUGUUCAGGGGCAGAACGACAGAUUUGUACCUUGUCAAUUCGGGGGUUUGAACUUGCAACCUUCCGGUUACUAGUCCAACGCUCUAACCACCCCUGCCGCCCCUGAUGACAGACGUGGGUGCUAAGGGGCGAUAGUAAUUUAGUUCAGUUACCUGUGCUUUCUUGGGUACAGGAACAAAUGGUGGCCAACUUGAAGCAUGUAGCGACAGCAGACUGGGAUAGGGAGAGAUUGAAUAUGUCCAUAAACACAGCAGCCAGCCUGUCUGCGCAUGCUCUGAGGACGCGGUUAGCGAUGCCGUCUGGGCCGACAGCCUUGCGAGGGUUAACACGCUUUUAAGAAAAGGCCCUAUGAAUCAAUGUCAAUAAAUGUGAAAUAUGUCCAUUCCUGUAUGGCGUGUAUGUAUGGUGCUCUUUUUCAUUAUGUAUGGCGUGUAUGUAGGGGGCUCUUUUUCAUUAUGUACUGACCAUUUCAAACUAUAUUUGUGACUUCAGAACAGACAAGCGUCUCUGUGAACCGUGCCCAUCACACCUACAUUACGCCUUAUUUGGGCACAGGAGACCGGAAGUAUCUAAUUUGAUGGCGGCGGGAUGAAAGGCUCAAAGACGUGCAACAACGUAGGCUACAUCAUUUCUCUACCUAGCUCUGACGAAAUGUAGGUUUUUAAUAGUGAUGGAGUUUUCAAAAGCCACUACUUUCAACUUAUUUAAUUUUUAAAGAAGACAUCCUAACUGGAUCUACCAAUGCCAAACCCCAUGGACGACCGUCUGCGCCUGGUGGCGGUGAUACACGCUUUGAAAGCAUCUGGAGUUCGCGUGAAAAACUGGAAGAACUUCUUGAAUGGGCCAUACACGAGCGACCCUGUCAGACAGGAGAACCAAUCUAAAUUUGCUUUUGGUCGGGACCUGAUAUUGCUGCCACAGUGUGAUUUAACUGAUAUGAGUGGGACAGUGCCAAAGUUCUUGGUGGAUGCCUGUGAAUUUUUAUCCCAGCAUCUUCAUACUGAAGGGCUGUUUCGAAAGACCGGGUCGUUUAGCCGGAUGCGAGCUCUGAGGGCUGGUCUGGAGCAGGGGGAGCCAGUCUUUUCUCUGCCACAUUCAGCCACUCUGCAGCCCUGUGAUGUGGCGUCUCUUGUGAAGCAGUUCUUACGGGAGCUGCCCUCGCCCCUCAUCCCUGUGGAUCUACAGGUGCCACUGUGUCGUGCACAGGGCUUGGACGAGGAGGAGGGUCGGCAGGAGCAGGUCGAGGAUGGAGCUCUUCUUCUCACAGCCCUGUUCCCCCCGUCGCAUUCACGGGCCCUCCGAUACUUCUGCACCUUCCUGAGACAGACGGCUCAAAGAUGUAAAGAGAAUCGUAUGGAAGUGGGCAAUCUGGCUCUUGUGAUUGCACCUAAUCUGCUACAUUGUCCAGCUGGGGGCUCUAAACUGACCGCAGGUACAGAGAGACGACUGCAUAGACAAGCAGCAGUGAUCAAGAAACUCAUAAUACACGCUGAUCGCAUUGGUGUUGUCCCCCCUUCUAUUAUGGACAUGGCAACACUAGCAGAGUCCUCCACACCCCCAGUUGAUGGGGGGAGGUUUCAGGAGAGGGCAGGACUUGGUGUGUAUAGACUUUUAGGACAUCAAAGGAGGCGCAGUGUUGGAGAGAUAUUUGUGGAUGCUCUCAGUAAAUUGAAGACAGGCCGCACUCACACUGACCUUUUACAUCCCCCAGACAGCCAGCAAAAUACAAAGACCGCUCACCACAACACACCUGAAUUACCAAUCACAUCUAAACGAAAGUCGACUGAAGAUCCUGUCCCUGAUGUUGAGAGCUCUGCUAAAAAAAGACGCUCUAUCCAUGACCUUAGAGAAGACAACCAAUCCAUGAGCAAACAACCCUCCAAUGAUUCCGAGGCGGCAGUCGGCCAAAGCCCUGCCCGUAGUCACACUUCUGUCCUGAGUGGAGUGGAGGGCAGUAGGGAGCACAAGCUCUCCGUCACUCUCACUGCCCCAGAGAAGAGGAGGAAUCACAAGAAAGAUUAUAAAACAUCAAACAAGCAUCCGGUGCAGGAGGCCAAGGCUCAUCGAAGGACAUCUCUUAGAUUUUUCAACAUGACCGUCUGGAGCAGCCCUGACCCUUCCCCCACAUCCAUUGGGAAUGACACUGAGAAUUGGAUCAUGGGCAGUAUAAUGGUCACUGAUGGUAUGACUGAAGCAUCCAGCUCUGAGGUUGGACCAUCCAGGAUUCCUGUCAUAAUGACUGAUGGUAUGACUGGACCAUCCAGGAUUCCUGUCAUAAUGACUGAUGGUAUGACUGGACCAUCCAGGAUUCCUGUCAUAAUGACUGAUGGUAUGACUGGACCAUCCAGGAUUCCUGUCAUAAUGACUGAUGGUAUGACUGGACCAUCCAGGAUUCCUGUCAUGAUGGCUGAUGGCCCAGGACAAGUUCUAGUGGGGAGUGAAGUGGAGGAUGACCCUGAUCUGCCAAAUUACAGCUUUGCUGAAAAUCCCGAUCACUUCCUGGAUCUCGCGACAUUGGACUCACCUUCCAGGACACAAGCUGGGGAAUCAUGUGAAUGCUCUGGUGUCAAGUUAGAAAACGAGACGAUAGAGGAAACCGUUAGACAGUAUGAAACAAACCAUGUAUUGAGGGAUCCAGAGCAGGUUGGGAUAAAAGAGGACCCUGAAGACGUGGGUCUAAGUAAGAAGCAGUCAGAAGUGGAUAUAUCUGUCAGUCAGAAGCCCCGUCACCCUCGUCGCUCCAUCAGUAUGCCAGAGGUGACAUUGGACCAACUGAGGAUUCAAGAUAAAAUUUACAAGAAAGAGAAAACAGAUUGGAUGAUCGAGAAAGAAGAUGGAGUCUCUGGGGACAUACUUCAACUGCCGGUGAAGAAAGAGAAGAUGACAGAGUCAGGACUGGGUUUUAAGAGGACACACAUGUCUGUAGCAGAGCGCAUCAGGCGGUUUAACGCUCUGACAACGCUUCUCCGUAACCCCAGGGUUCCUCCAAGGCCCCCUGAACCUCAGCUCAAUGAUGUCCUGCAUGAGAGUCAGCGGGAGGGGGGUCAGCGGAGUGUUGUACGUCUGCGCCGGCAGGGAGCACGGCGGUUUGGACGCUCCAUCAGCCAUGAUGGUGUUCCCGGGCCUUGGCCAGGACAAGCCUCUAAAAAUCAUCAAGCGGUGCCAGUGGUUGUUCAAAGCCUCAGUGAGCCAGUCCUAUGUCCACCUCCAGAGCCAACUCCUAGUGUUUAUCAAUUUGCCCAAGAAGGACAGUUUGAAAUCCAACAUACUCAUCAACUACAACAGGAACACCUCAUGCAGACCAUCCAGGAUUUGUGCGCUCCUCCGUCACCCAAUCCAAAGCAGAACAAGGAGUCCUGCCAAGUGACGUUUAAAGAAUCACAAUUGAAUCUCAAAGAAAGACAAUUGGAACCGGUGGAGGAACAACCUAAGGAGUCAGAGCUACAUGAUCUGCUGGAGAUGCACUUGAAUACAUGCAAUCCAAAGGAGGAGCAAGACAAACAGCUCACAGUUCCAACGCAGGUGAAUAGACCGUUUCUGACCGACACCGUCUUAGAUGUUCCACCUCAGACCAUGGCCCCCCUACAGCAGGAGUCCAAAAGUACAGAAGUCAAAUUCCCUCUCCCUUUUCCCUCCAAGCCCUCCUCUCUCUCUCAAACAGAAACAUGCUCUCCCAUUCCCAGUGGACCCUCUCCCACACCAAUAGACAGAACAUCAACUGACCUCUACACUGCACACUUGGUGACUAACUGCUCCCCUUUCUCUGUCACGACCUUUGGCUUUAUAGAGAUAGACAUGGGGGUCAGUGCGAGUGAUGGGGGUUCUCUCCCCGUUGAACUCUCUCCAUCACCAGCCUUGCAGUUCAAGCUCCCGGCCACCAAGAGACGUUACAGAGACUCGCCCUGCUGGCCCGUCCAUGAGAUUAGCAUGGCCACAGGGGACCCAUUGCAGAUCUGAGGGGUACAGGACAGACUAAAUGGUACUCCGUAACUAGCGCAUUGGUCUUGAGUAGUAGGGUUUACAAAUGGGAAAAUAAGAUCACUCGCACAAAGAAUGCCAUGUGUUUUUAAAAGUUUUUUAAAAUGUAAUUUUCUGUUAUGCCAAUAUAGGUUAUACUAGAAAAGUCGUAUUUUAAAGCGGCAGUCAACAGUAGAACAAUAACAAAGUGGCCUCCCUGUUUCGGUAAAAAUCUGAGGGAUGGGGCUGGAGAAAUGUAACCACUCAAAUGUAUCGACAAAGCUAUGGAUGCAAGGCCUGCCUGUCCAUAAUAUAACAAUUAUAGUUUUAACCAUGUAUUGAGACUAUAUCGUGUUUGUUUACAUUGUUUUUCAAACAUUGGAGUAAAAUAAGCUUAUUUUGGGUUCUGAUGGUGUACAAAUGUUACUAAGCUGUCAAUCAAUGGGUAAAUAUUAUUAUAUUAUGUAGCAACUGCUGAUUGCAGAUUUUAUUAUUGUCAAGUUGAGUUUUACAUAUCUGACUAUAUAUAAUUUGUGUAAAUGUAUGUAUUUCAGUUUGAAUAAAAUAAUUUAUUUUAA